AUUCUUCUUCUUCUUCUUCAUCUUCCACCACACCACACCACAUUUUCUUGUUGUCGGUGUAGAUUCAACCUCCUGGCUUUAUAGGGAGGGUGAGGAGAGACCAGAACAACUCAAGUGUUGAGUUGCAGAUCCUGUUUUAUGCCGGGAUGUACUCGAGAAGGUCCAAAUCUAGCGGUGCCGAGAAAUCCUUGUCACAUGAAGAGCAGCAAGCAAAGAUAAACGAAGUCCGUCGCGCGUUGGGUCCAUUGACAGAUAAGCUGCCAAACUUGUGUUGGGAUGGUUCGAUACUGAGGUAUCUCCGUGCGAGAAAUUGGGAUGCUGACAAGGCAACUAAAAUGCUCAAGGAGACACUGAAGUGGAGAUUGGAAUAUAAACCCGAAUCCAUUCGUUGGGAAGAUGUUGCCCAUGAAGCUGAGACCGGAAAAAUCUACAGAGCUAACUACCUUGACAAGUAUGGAAGAACUGUUCUCAUUCUGAGACCUGGAUUUCAGAAUACAAGCUCAACCAAGGGGCAGAUCAGAUACCUGGUAUACUGCAUGGAGAAUGCAAUUCUAAACUUGGCAGCAGAUCAAGAACAGAUGGUUUGGCUUAUAGAUUUUCAGGGUUGGACCAUGGCAAGUAUAACGAUCAAGGUGACCCGUGAAACAGCUCACGUUUUGCAGGAUUAUUACCCUGAAAGACUGGCUCUAGCAAUCCUCUAUAACCCCCCGAGGAUCUUUGAGUCCUUCUGGAAGGUGGUGAAGCCUUUUCUGGACCAGAAGACAUACAAGAAGGUAAAAUUUGUUUACUCUGAUGACACCGACAGCCAGAAGAUUAUGACAGACAUUUUUGACAUAAAUAGUCUGGAAUCUGCAUUUGGGGGACAUAAUCAAGUUGGAUUUGAUUUCAACAAGUAUGGUGAACAAAUGAAAGAGGAUGAUAAGAAAAUGUCUGCUAUCAUAAACUCAGCUGGUUCCGUACUCUCCCAAGAUCCAUCCCUUGCGUCUAUUCUCCAGCAACCAGAGCCAUCUACAUCUGAAGCUCUAUCACAAGGCUCAUCAGAUUCAUCUUCCUCAAGAGAUCCAGAAUCCACAAAGUCAGUUCAUACCAAAAACUCAAAAGAAAAUAAAGAGAAACUGAAUCAAAAUUAUGACAGUGGAUCUGCUAAAUUAGAUGUUCAACCUGAGCCGGUUAAAAUGAGGGAGUCGGCCUAGUUGAUGCAAAACCUAUGUCAUGAGGUUAUGAAGCACAUGUAGUAGUCUAUGCACGCAAUGAAAAUGUAACAGCUAUUCUUGAGGAUGGCAGAUAACUAGAUACUAAUGAGAAUUUGCCUAAAAUUGGGCUGACAAAUGGAUGGGUAUCAAUUUUAUACCCUGAAU